UUGCAGCACCGACCCAGUGGGGUUUGGACAAAAAAAGUGGAAAAGUAUGCAAUUAGGCCACUUCCAGGGCCACACAGCAAAGAGCUUUCGAUUCCUUUGAAAUAUGUGAUUGCUCGUUUUCUCAGAGUAGCCAAUACGGCUAAAGAGGUUGAUUAUAUCGCAUCCUCAAGGAUGAUAGCUGUCAAUGGAAAGGAGAUUACUUCUAUUAAGUUUCCGGUUGGUCUUUUCGAUGUUGUGACAAUUCUGAAGACUAACCAGCACUUCAGACUCUACUUCAAUGCCAACAGGAAGUUUAAGCUUCACAAAAUCAGCUCUGACGAGGCAAAGGUUAGAAUAUCUAAGGUUGUUUCUAAAUAUACUAACGAUUCAAUUCCCAUGACUCAUACAAAAGAUGGAUACAACUUUAAGUUUGCUGAUCCUUCUAUCAAGAUUAAUGAUACCGUCAAGAUUGACAUUGCCACCAAUAGGAUUGUUGGGCAUCUUCCAUUCGAGGCUGGAAAGAUAGGCUAUGUUUUUUCUGGGCCUAAUGCUGGCAGAAUUGGAACCAUCAAGUAUAUCGACCGUUCACCAGAUGGAAAAGAGAUUGCAUUCCUCCAGGACCCUAGAGAGAAACCCUUCAGUGUGUCCAUGGAUAAGGUCAUGGUAAUUGGAGAGAGCAACAGCCUUCUGAUCUCAAUGGAUGAGAACGAUGGCAUCCGCUUGAAUGCAUUUGAGAUCAGUAACAACAAGUAUGCUGCCAAUCAGCAGGUAGAGGUUGAAGAUAAUUAA